UCCGCUCUCCACCGUUCGUCGGUGAUCUUUGACGAUAGAGUAUAAAUCAUCGCCAAAGAUUGAAGGUUCCAUCCAAGUGGCGCCCGUUGCCAAGAGAGAAGGCGGAGAAUCGGGGAAAUCUUCCGUCGAACCGAAGAUCUAUAUAGUUCGGGAAAGCUCCGAUCGCAAUGCAAUGCAGGUCCCCGGGCAGAUCCAGAUUUGUGGCCAAUGGGACUUUGGCCGGGCACACACACUCGCAAGAUGCAGGCGUAUCGCGAUAACUUCAAGCAAACGCCCUGCCCAUCGGCCGUCGACCUUCAGGCGGCGGGACCAGCCCACCCACCGGCCACCGCCUCUCGGCUGCCUUUUUCGCGCAGCCAGCGUGGGCGUGACCCCUCGGCCAGUGCCGCCUCCGUUUCCGCCUCCGCCGCCGGCGCCCUAACGCCCAGGAUGAUGAGCCCGGGUCCGCCAGGUGGAGCAGGCGGCGGGGGAGAUCCCUCGGCCCUGCUGCGCCAGAACCAGGAGCUGCGCCAACGGCUGGCCGACGAGUCGCAUAGCUAUCGACGCCGCCUGGACACCUACAAGCAGGCGCAGCACAACCAGGCCAACCUGGUCAGCCGGCUGCAGUCGAAGAUCCAGCAGUAUCGCCAGCGGUGCAGCGAUCUGGAGGACCGCAUGCACGAGACCAUCAAGCCGACGGUGGGCACGGGACCAAAGUUGACCACGGGUCCGACCACCAGUCAGGUGAUGUGCUCGACUUCCCUGACCCUGGGCCAGAGCAGUUUGCCCUGCAGCUCCUCGCUGGACUCACCACCGCCCAGCUGCAGUCGCGAUUAUGUCCACGACGAUGUCCUGGUCACCGGCGGAGGCGGCGGAGCAGCUGACCUUUGCCGCAAACUGGAGGAGGAGCACCAGCGAUGCGAGCAGAUCCUGGCCCAGAACAGUGCCCUUCGCCAGCAGCUGGAGGAGUCGAAUCGCACCAACGAGGCGCUGACCAACGACCUGCAGAAGCUGACCAACGACUGGGCCGGCCUGCGAGAUGAGCUGCUGAUCAAGGAGGACGAGUUCAAGGAGGAGGAGCAGGCCUUCAAGGACUACUACAACAGCGAGCACAACCGCCUGCUGAAGAUGUGGCGAGAGGUGGUGGCCGUCAAGCGAUCCUUCAAGGAAAUGCAAACGGCCAUGAAGGCAGAGGUGGCCAAGAUGGGUCAGGAGAUCAACUGUGUGGGCAAGGACAUCAGUGGUUCCAAUGCCACGGUGGCCUUUGCCCACCAGCAGGCCAAACGGGCGGCGGAUGAGGAACUGAAGCAGUCCCAACGCAGCAAUGAUGAGCUGCAGAACCAAUUGGCUACCCUUAAAGUUCAAUAUGAGAGUGCCCGCCACGAGAUCAUGGAGCGAGAUCAGCGACUCCUGGAGCUGAUGAAUCAACUGAAGAAGCUGGAGGAUCGCUGUGCCCAAGCGGAAUCGCAGGCUGCUCUGGCCAGUCGCUAUAGCGACGAGAUUGAGAGACUCAAUAAUUCCAUGCGCGAAAUUGCGCAGGCCGUUGUUCAAGAUGCUGAGAUCGCAGAUCGCGAGGCAGACGCCGAGGUCACCGGCGGGGUCAUGCAGCACAUGCACCUGACGCGUGACGCCGCCUCUGUGGCGGGUGGCGGAGCAGGAGGCGGUGGUGCGGGCAGCACCACUGGUGGUGGGAAAUCCCCACGCCGGAACUCAACACGCGCCUCCCAAGCCUUCGCCGAGGGCACCAUCUCAGCCGUCCAGGCAGCACUCCACAAAUACCAACUGGCCCUCCAUGACAUGCAGGUUAAGUUCCAGAAUACCAGCGAAACCCUGCGCACCACCAAGACCCAGUUGGAGACCAGCGAGGGUACCAAACAGCUCCUCACCACCAAGAUGCAGCAGCUCACCGAGAAGCUGGACAGCAGCAACUCCAAGCUGUCGGAGCUGCUGCAGGAGAGGGAGAGUCUGCAGCGCGGUCUGGACGAUGUCCGCACCCAGAAGCAGCAGUCCGAGAUGGGCAGAGCCGAUAUCAAUAGUGCGUUUGAGAACCUGAGCGGUGACUAUGAGAAGCUUCAGCUGAACUAUGGAAAACUGCAGAAGCGCAUCGAUUCCAUGGAGGAGGACAAAAAGGCCGUUGAGCUGGAAAUCCAACGCAUUCUAAAGGACAAGAAUAUCACCGAGUUGAAUUUGAGAUCCGAGGAAGACCGCAGUAGUCGGCUGAGGGAGGAGACUAUCUCCCUCCGCGAGGAGCUCAACCGGGUGAGCCUGAAUCGUGAUCUUCUAGAGCAGCAGCGCAUUGAGUCGGAUAACCUGAUCAAUCUACUUGAAAAGCAGAAAUCCGAUCUGGAGUAUGACCUGGACAAGCUGCUGUUGGAGAAGUGUGAUCUGCAGGAGAAGCACGAGAAGCUAUCGAACAACAGUUGCUCCACCAGCGAUGAGCUAAAGUCGGUUCAAAAUUGCCUCCAGGAGACACAGGAGGAGCGCAAAAAGCUCCGGAUCCAGUCCGCCGAUCAGUCCAAUGAAAUUGGUGAGCUCAAGAAGGAACUGGCGGUGUUGGACAAGGCGCGACUCGAACUGGAGACGGACAACCUGUCCGCCGGCGAGAAGCUCAAGUGCCUGCAGUUAGAAAAGGAGAAGAUACUGCAGGACUUGGCCUGUGUCACCCGGGAUCGUGGUGAUAUUCACAACCAGCUGACGGCCAUGUGUCGAAAGAAGGAGGCUUUGAAUGAGGAACUGAUGCGGACUCGCCAACGCUUGGAGCAGACCACCGAGACCAAUAGUCGCCUGAAUAGAAAUCUGGAGGAGAUGGUGAAAGAUGUGGAGGAGAAGCAGGUGGUCAUCGAUUUGCAUGAGAAGGACACCCAUCGCUUGAAUGAACUCCUGGCAGCCCUGCGCUCCGAAAAGGAGUCCCUGGAAUCGGUGCUCUUCGACACGAAUACCUCUUUGGAGGCAACCGAAGAGCGACGUAGCCAGUUGGAACGGGAUCUGCAGGAGGCUUUGGUAAGGGAAGAGUCCCUAAAGAACCAUGUGGCUCGUCUGCAGAAAGAUCUGGAGCAAUGCCAGCGCAAGGCCCAGGAAACAAAGACGCAGUUGCUCAAUGCCGCCCGUGCGGCCGAGAGUGAUUUCAACCAGAAGAUUGCCAAUCUUCAAGCUUGUGCAGAGGAUGCGGCCAAACGACAUGGCGAGGAAAUCCUCCAGUUAAGGAAUGCCCUGGAAAAGCGGAUGCAACAGGCUCUGCAAGCCCUGCAAACGGCCAAGGAUGAUGAGAUCGAGAAGUUGCAGGAGCGAUUGGCCACUCUGCAGGCCCAUCUCGAGAGUCUUGUCCAGCAGCACGAGGAGGCACUGAUCCGUGCGGAAAGCGAGAAGCAGCAGGCCCUGUUGAUUGCCCACCGGGACAAACAGGCGGUGGCCGAGCGGUUGGAGGCCGUGUCCCGGGAUCUGAAGACCGAACAGGAGUCCCUCGAUCGCAGCAGACGGGAGGCCAAUGCUCGGGAUGAGAAGCAACGGGCGGCAAUCGCUCAGCUCAAGGAUGAGAUGGUGCACAUGCGCACCAAGGAGGAGGAGCAUAAGAUUAAGCUGGAGGAGUGCAUCCGCAAGCAGGAGUUGCAGUUGAAUAGCAUUCGUGAGGAGCGUGACACCCUGUGCCGUGUGAGCGAGGAGUUGAAGAUGGAGAUUCGCCUGAAGGAGGACAAAAUGGAGGGCACCAACAACGAGCUGCAGGAUGCACUGCGCAAGUCCAAGGAGGGCGAAGGAUUCAUAGACAGUCUGCGCAAGGAGUUGACCGACUGUCGCCGACAACUGGCGGACAGCAACAUCGAGCGCGACAAGUAUUCCGGCAGCAACAAGGAGCUGCGCGACCAUGUAAAACGCGUGGAGAGCGCUAAGCGGGAACAGGCACGCGCCAUCGAGGAGGCACUCCAGAAGAUUAGCAACCUAGAGGACACCAAGAACUCGCUAGAGAACGAACGCACUAGGUUAAGUACCAUCCUGAAGGAGACGGAGAAUCACUUUACGAAAACCACCCAGGAUCUGAAUGCCACCAAGGCGCAGCUGCAGAAGGCCCAAGUGGAGUUUGCCCAGAAAGACGAGGGGGGCAAGGAGCUGCAGUGCAAGCUGGUGGCCGAAGUGGAGCUUAAGGAGCGGGCUCAGCAGGAGCUCUGCCAGAUCAAGAAGCAGUUGUCCGACUUGGAGGCCAAUCUAUGCGCCACUCGCCAGGAACUGGGCCGGGCUCGGUGUCAGAACAACCAGGAGGAGCACCGCUUCCAUGCCAGGGAACAGGAGUUGGCCCAGCGCCUGGAGGAGGGUCGUGGCAGGGAGAAGCGACUGGAGGAUCAGAAGCACAACUUGGAGGUCUGCCUGGCUGAUGCCACUCAGCAGAUUCAGGAGUUAAAGGCCCGUUUGGGCGGAGCCGAAGGUCGUAUUCGAGCCCUGGAUGAGCAGUUAUCCUGCGUGGAGCUACACAAGCGGGACACCGAACAGAAGCUCUCCUCAGUGGUCCACACGCUGCGCAGGAUAGCCGGCAUCCAAGUGGACGGCAGUGUGAAUCUUUCCCAUCGAUUGCUGAGCCCCUCGAGAAGAUUCAGUCCAUCGCGCAGUUGCGGGGAUUACGACAACAGGAGCACUUCGCAGUGUCCGGAUGGACCCAUCGAUGUGGAUCCAGAUCUGGUGCGAAAGGGUGUCCGCAAUCUGAUGCACCAGGUGGCUCAGUUGGAACGCGAGAAGGAUGACUACAAGUCUCAGCUGGGAGCGGCUAAGAAGCAACUCCAAGAUGCCGCCGAUCAGCAACUGAAAUGCGAUGCCAAGCUCGGUAAGCUUCAGGCCAUGCUGCGAAAUCUUCAGGAGGAGAAGAGCAACUUAGAAACGGAUCGUAAGAUGAAGAUCUCCGCCAUCCAUGCGCUGGAGGAGAAGCUCAAGCACCGCAACGAUGAGUGUCAGAUGCUGAGGGAACGUUUGGCCCAAACGGAGAUGCAACUGGCCGCCACAUCCGAGGAGAAUGGCCAGAACGAGGAACGCCUGGAGAAGAGCCGACAGCAGUGCGCCAAGUUGGACAACGAGAAGCGUCAGCUGCAGGAGGAACUGGCCAAGGUGGAGGGUAGGGCCAGCAAACUGGAUCUUCAGCGGGUGGCCAUGGAGGGCGAUCUCACCCGAUUGCAGAUGGCCCUGCAGGAGAAGGACUGCAGCAUCCGUCAGAUGGCCGAACGCCUGGAGAAUCAAAAUCGCGCCAUGACCCAACUGGAGGAUCGUUGCACAGCCCUCAAGUCCACCGUGGAUCAGCUGAAGGAACGCCUCCAAAAGUCCGCCGUCACCGAAACCCAGCUGAGGGGCGAGCUGAAGACCCUUCAGAAGGAGCUCUCCGAGCAGGGCCACUGCUCUCAGGCCAACGAGGACAAGCUGAAGCUGGUUCAGAAGUCCCUGCAGACCGCCGAGAACGAGAAGCGCAUCCUCACCGAGCGCCUGGACAGUGCCCAGACCAAUCUCAACGAGCUACGUCGCAGCCAGCAGGCUCAACUGGAUGGAAAUCAGCGACUGCAAGAGCAGGUCACCGAUCUGGAGGUUCAGCGCUCGGCUCUGGAGUCCCAGCUCCGCAUAGCCAAGUGGAACCAAGAGAGCGGCGGCGACAAGGGGCUGACCAAUGGCAAUGGAGGCAGCAAUGGCGAGGAUGAGCUUAGCAGGCAGCUAAAGUCUUCCCAGCGAGAGAAAUCGGAGCUGCGCAGUAAGCUGCAGACCCUGCAGGACAAAGUCAAACAGUUGGAGUGCGAACGGAAAAGCAAGUUCUCAGGCGGAAACGCCUACGAUCGGGCCGAAAAGUCCAACUCCUAUUACGGUGGAGCUAAUGAUUCCGGGGAGUUUGAUUCCAAUCGCUACGAUGUGGGCGGAGGUAAUGCCGGAACUGGUGGAGGAGGAGGCUCCUUCAACUGCGGAUUGGAUCACAGUGUGAUCGAGCAGGAAACCCGCGAUCUGCGACUCAAGGUGCGUCGCCUGGAGACGCUGCUGGCUGAAAAGGAGUCCGAGUUGGCGCGUUGCAAGGCGCGAAUGAACGACAGCGCCAAGUGCACUGAUGGCUUGGACGGGGAUCGCUAUCGCAGUGCCCAGAUGCACGCCGAGAAGCUGCUCGACGCCAGAGAACAGUCCCACAGGCAGCAGGUUCUGCGCCUGGAGAAUCAGAUAUCCAUGCUGCGCGAGCAAUUGGCUCAGGAGGCCAAGCGGAGACAACAGUAUAUUCUACGCAGCUCAAAGGCGAAUCGGGAAAUGCAGCACUUGAGGAGCACCCUUGGAGAUUCCUUACGCAAUGUGUCCCAGCACCCGGUGGAUGCUCAUCUCCUGGAAAGCGAGAGCAGGCGUCUCGAUUCGGCCGUUUCGAUGAGCCUGCCUCCCUCGACCUGCCGGGACUAUGAUCGCGACUAGAGCUAUGUGAAGUUAAGAUUUGGUUAAACUUUAUCCCGCCAAGAAGACGUAACGCUCACUGCCUUAUGCAUUUAUUUAGAAAAGGCUUCCUGGUCUGCUCCAGUCGCAUCUGAGUUAAUCAUCGCGUGCAUUUCAACUCGUUUGCCUUAGUACAAUUCUAGCUGUUCAUUGUCUGCCCUGUUAGACAAUCGAAUAUAGUGCGUUCCAUCUAGUCGCAUUCGGGCAUCCGGUAGCGAUGAU